AUGACUUUACUUACUGAGUUUGUUAAUAAGAAAAAUCUGUUGUUAUUUCCGUAUGGCAAUUGGGUUGCUGAAAGCAGUAGUAUAGUUGGUUGUAUGGGCAGACGUUUGCAGUGUUCUGUGGGACUUAAAUGGGCCAUAUGCAUUGGUUGUAAUGCGUACUAUAGUUUGUGUGCUGGUUGUUUGAAGCUUUAUUAUGAAAAAUUUCCCAAAGUAGCUUUCGAAAGAUACUUGAAAAUGGCAAUGUUCGUUAUCACUGUCAGAUUUUUUAUUCUGAAGCGGUCGUUGAAAGUCUCGUUAAACUCUGCUCAACCAGAAUUAGCUAUGGACCUUUGGGUUUCACGUGAAGACCGUACCACAAAAUCAGGUAUGGCAUUACGAAGCCUUCCAAGAAAAGAUUAUGUGAUGUCAGCACGAAAGAAAAGAAGAACUUCAAUAUAUGACAGAAAAAACGACGAUGGAACUAAGACUAGAAGUGUAAAACCCGUAUCAAAAAGCCGAGAAACUGCCCAAAAAUCAAAGAUCUCAACUCAUUCAACUCCCUUGAAACGCGCUGAUUUCCGGACGUUUGAUUCAUCGUUCAAGAGGUGCCCUUUGUCAAGAGACGCCACGCCCGAGCGCGCAGAAAUUAUAAAAUCAAAAGAAAGUAUCCAGAAUACCAAUAAGCCCAUAUCAUUCCUAAAAAUUACUUCGAAGAUGUACAAAGCCAGCGAAUCAGACGAUGGAGAUACCGAACAAAAUAAUGUUCAUGUUUACGUUCCCGUAACGACUAGUGAAGGUGAGACAGUGAUUAGGAGUGAUUCAAAGCAAAUUGCAAUUCGAACCAUAAGCUCUCGAUAUCUGCUUUUUAACUUCUUCAACGGAAUCUUCAUUUCGUUCCUCGGCGGAUGUUCUCGCCUUUUUACAAAACUUAGCAAUGUACUGCCGCGGUUUUGGGACCGUAACUUUCCUGAUAUCAGUGCUCGCAAUCCUGUUUAA